GGACCGGACCGGACCGGACCGCAUCGCAGGCCAAGGUGACUCCGACUACUCGCGCCCCUCCCUCCCAUCGCCGCCCCUGCUCCGGAGUCUGUCGCCGCGCCCGCCGACCUCCUCGCCGCCAGAGGGCCGGGCGGGGCACUGCACUCAGCAACCGCCGACGCUCGCCGGUGAGAUGGAUGCAGCGCUCCUCGCUCGAGCCGGGAAGGCUGCCGCCGCGGCGCCCCCUGCGGUGGCCGCCGGAGCCGCCGUGAUGGGCGUCUUCAAGUACAACUUCGCGGCGCAGCUCCUCUCGAGGGUCGUCCCGUUCCUGUUCAACAUCUGGUUCGUGCGCCAGCUCCGCAACGACCUCGACUGCGCGGCAUACACAUUGCAGCUUCCUCUAUUAAUCAACAGCAUCUUAUUUUUAAGCCGGGAGGGGUUUCGGCGUGCAUGCUUGCGUAAUGAUUCCCAGAGUGGUGAUGCAUUGACUGACGAAGCUAUACUAAAGGUAGCUUGGAUGGUCAUUCCAUUUGGCAUCUUAGUUACUUCUAUUGGCAGCCUAUUUGUGUUGAGGGUAAAGAAACUGAAGUUAUCUGAUUCCUAUGCAAAAGCUACAUUAAUCAUCGGGUUUGCUUGUAUUCUGGAGUUACUGGCGGAACCUUUGUAUAUUCUUUCCCAGAAAAAGAAAUACUAUAAUAUAAGGGUGUAUACUGAACCAGCAGCUGCCCUCUUACGUUGUUUAACAACUUUCAUCCUCAUUAAAGGACAUAUUAAAGUGGAGAAGCUGGUUGUAUUUUCUUUGUCUCAGGUUGUCUAUGGGGCCUGCAUUUUCGUUGGAUAUUGGGCGUAUUUUCUUAUAUUUACUGACACCAAAAUGCUUGAUUUCCUUCCACUAAGGUUAUCAAACCUGAUGGACUACGAUAAACAGUUAUUGCACAUGUGCAUGUUGUUUACAGGCCAGACUUUUAGGAAGUUGAUCCUCCAAGAAGGCGAGAAAUUUGUUCUUGUAUGGUUUGAUACUCCAUACAGCCAGGCUGCCUAUGGUCUUGUAGAUAAAUUAGGCAAUCUCGUUGUCAGGAUAGUUUUCCUGCCGUUUGAGGAGAGUUCUUAUGCUACCUUUGCUCAACUGGCAUCAGGAGAAACCCCCCAAAGUAUAUCCAGUCUCGAAGGCUCUUUGAUUGGUGCUCUAAAGCUUAUUAUGCUAAUAGGAUUGGUGGUCAUUUCAUUUGGUCCAAGUUAUUCAUACACCCUUCUAAAACUACUCUAUGGGGAAAAGCACAGUGAUGGAGAAGCUUCAGUUAUUCUCCGUUACUACUGUUUUUAUAUCAUUAGCUUAGCAAUGAAUGGCACAUCUGAAGCUUUUCUUCAUGCUGUUGCAAAUGAAAACCAGCUUAAGCAGUCUAAUGAUAUGUUGCUUCUCUUCUCGGUGAUUUAUAUCCUUCUAAAUGUUGUUCUGAUUAAAUCUGCUGGAGCUGUUGGGUUAAUUGCUGCUAAUUCUAUCAAUAUGUUACUACGAAUAACAUAUUCUGCAGUAUUUAUCAAAGACUAUUUCAAGGGCUCAUUCUCCUUCUGGCGCUGCGUGCCAUCAGGCUGGGGCAUUUUGCUCAUUUCUGGCCUGACCACAGCUUUCUCUGAGAGGAUGUUUCUGAACAGAAUGAGGUUCAAGCAGACCCUUCCCAUUCACAUGGCCAUAGGUGUUAUGUGCCUGAGCGUCUCGUCACUUGAGAUAUACCGUGGUGAAAAGCAGUUCUUGAUGCGGAUCAUGGAGACGUUGAAGGGCCACGACAAACGUCAAUGAUUUUGUGCUCCUGCUCCCGUAAGACACAUGGCACCUAUAUACAUGUACACUGAAGAGAACUGUAGCAUAGUGGUUGAGUGAGUUGAUGGUGUGUAAGCAGCAGUUAGGUUUCUAGAAAAAAGAGGAAAAUUAAUCAGUGGGGUAGAGAACCAACAUAUCUGUAUCUUUUUUUUUUUGUGUAUCAUGUUUUCCUUGUGUUGGGAAAGAGUUCCCCCUUUUUGAAAGGAGGAUCCAGUAAUUUGCUAGUCUAGGUGCUAGCGCUAGAUAACUGCGCAACGAGUGAUGUAUGGUAGGUUCAUAAACUUGUGUGGGUGUGCCAUCUAGAUCUUAUGAGUCAAUUUUCACACUUUGGUCCACGAAGA